CCCCAAACAACUGACCGCGAACGAACAAGCACCGCGACCGUGGCGCUGUCCGUCCAGCAUGGCCGGCCGCUACCAGCCCGCGGAUGCCGCGGGCCGCUUCAACGCGGAGCCGCGGCAGGCGCCUCGCGAGGAGGCCAGCCCUUACUCGGAGCCCUUCUUCGACUUCGACGAGCUCGACACGGAGCGGUGGAUCCAGCUCCGGUGGGACAAACAGAGACCUUCGUGGUGGUGGCUGGCCAUGAUAAGAGAGAACAUUUUUAUAUAUCCAUCUAUCUGGAUCCUAUAGAGGUGUGCUUAAGUUAACAUGCCAAACGUGCGCUGUCACGUUUUACGCUGUCACGUUUGAUGGUGCUGAGUUGAUGGUGCUGAGAACAGUUGUUGCAAGUGUUUUGAAUCUGGGUAGGAUCUCAGAUGUUUGGAAAGAAUGUGUUACAGUAAUAUGAUUGUGUUUCUUUUUUUGCAUGCACACGCAUGCGAAUUCUGAUGGAAUCAGAUGUUUGGAAAGCAGAUGAAAUCAUAAUCAUUUAAACUAAACAUGUUUCUUGCAUGCGUGCCAGAACACCAGUGUCUGUUUGCAUGCACAUGUGUGCUUGUGUAGAAUGCAAAAGAAAUGGGGGAUGUUACCACAGCAAAAAGCCGAAAGUGUUGCAGGCAAGAUGAACUGGUGCAGAUUGUUUCAGAUGCUGAGAGAGAUACCAAAAAGGCGCCUAUAGUCUUUUUAUACCCAGCUUUGCUCUUAACUUUUGGAUCUAACCGAAGAUGUGUUGCCUUUUUUGCUUACUUACGCUUCUUCUAAAAUGGGCCGGUUUCCCCGUGGUAACUUCUUUCGGUUCGCUUCUGCUCCUCAAGAAAACCCAACGCUCCGCUCGGUUGCACCGUCCAAACGAAGCGAAGGAACGACGUGGGUUUUGUCCGUUCAGGUCUCGAGUAUCGCAUACGUCUUGGUGUUGAACACAUCGAAGGAGCUUCAAACCGACCACUCUAGAGGUGAACGUCUCCACGAACGGACGCACAGUGACAGUCACCCACCUGCACCUUUUCACAGGCAUGUCUGCACAUGGAAGAGCACAUGCAUGUCACCCAGAGGCGGACACCAAAUUUGGAUGGGUGCCUACACUUCUAUAGACGGAGGCUUUUACUACCUGCGGGUGGCACUGCGCUCUGUUCCUUCCCCGUUUGGGCACCGGGACCUCGCCUUCGAGGACCCAAGCGAGCGGAAGCCCGGUGGCGUGUUGGCGCGGCGCUUGUGGUCCGCAGAGCCACAGGUCCGGCAAUGGAAGUGGGUCUCCGUGGGCGUUCUCUUCCUCCUGGCCAUGCUGACCCAAAGCGUGGCGUUGUACUUUGCCACUCGGCGCUACGUGCGUUGGGUGGGCACCCUGGGCGUGGAUGAGGAGUCGGGAACUCUCGAUCUUCAGCGGCUUGAGCUCACCUUGAGGCUGCUGCAGCCGCGGGACACCUUUGCCCAAGCCUUGGGUGUGAGGGAGGUGUCCAAGUUGCCGGUGGACUUGGCCUCGUUGGCGAUUCCUUUGCUGUGGCUCUCGGCCGUGGUCCAUGCGCGGAAUUUGCGGCUGUGGACUCGGACGUUGCUGGCCGCCUCGUUGAUGGCCCUCUUCUCAGGCAUCUUGGGCUUUCUGACGAUGUUGCCGCAGCCCCUGGGCUGGGAGGCUUGUGAGGCCAGGCUCUAUGAGGAUGUGCUGCAGCAUUAUCGAGGAGGUGAGGGACCCCUGCCGGACGUCGGAGAGGCGCUGGGCCUCAUCGCUUGGAUUUGGCUGCAAGACGUCACCGUGGGCAUGCGUCUCCAGGGCCAGCUGGUUUGCGCGGGGUCCAGCAUCAGCGGUCCAACUUGGUUCACGACCUUGUUCGCUUUGGCGCUGUACGACCUCUCGCGGAUGUGGUCCAGGAAGCUGAAGCCACACUUCCGCGAGAUCUCUCAUCUGGCCUUUGCAGGGGUUCUCACUGCCUGUAUCCUGGUGGACGCUGGGCUGGAGAUCGUGGGGGAACGACAGUAUACAUCAGCUGUGACGAUGGGGCUUGUGCUGGCCUUGCUGGUGUACCAAAGCCCCGCACUGGCCGUGUCCACGGAUCGCUGGCUCGCGAGGGGUACGCCUGACAUCACGCUGCCACUACCCAAAGGAGACCUCCAACAUUUGCCGGAGCCAGUGGAAGACACCAGCCGUGACUUGGGUGACGUUGUGGUACCGCCCUGCUGCGUUCCUUUUUGUGCCUUUCAUGGUCGCUACUUCCUUUAUCCACAGCCAGCCAGUGAGUACGAGCAGGAGCUACUGGCCAACAUGCAAGCACAGGCGGAGUUGGAGCAGCUGCAGAAGGAGCAGGAGCAAAGUACUCGGCGCCUUCUUGAGAUCGAGGGGCAGCUGGAAGCACUCCACCAGCGACAAGCUCAGCGUGUCGAAGAAGAGCCAAAGGAGUUCGAACGACAGCUCCAGAAGCGCUUGUCGCAGCAGCGCGAAGUCUUCGAGCAGCAGCUUUCGCAGCUCCAGGCGGAGACCGAACGUGCUCAGGAGGAGAGGAUGAGAUUGGAGGAGGAGGCUCAAGCUGAAGCUCGCCGAGAGGAGCUCCUGAGGGCUGCCAAGGUGAUGCCGAAACUCUCCUCCGAUCAGGAGGGCGUCAGCGCCCUCCAGGGCGACUUCCGCACGCUGCCGGCGGCGGCCUGGCAGACACUCCACGCGCGCUUCGCGGCACAGAAAGUGCCGGAAGUGGAGGCCGCCCCAUCCGGGGCACCCGCACCUGGGCCCGCUGUGGCGACCGCGUUGGGCGACUUCAGAGUGUUGCCUUGGGAGGCUUGGGAGCGGAUGCAUCAGCGCUUCAGGCCCGCCAGCGCGGUGGCCUCUGUGACCGUGCUCAGCGAGUCGAAGACGUGCCAGUCGGAGGUACCGGCGACGUCCCAACAAGCGCUCGUGAAGCCUGCCGAAAACGCACGCCCAGCACACCUGAGACCCUCCGCCACGCCCUACAUCUCCCGGCGACGCCGGUGACGGGGCCACCGGUGACGCGGUGGGAAUGGAAGGUCCAUGCAGACAGGACACCCAGAGAGAAGGAUCGCGGUACAUCCUGGG